AUGCCGACGUACUCCGCUCCGUCGCGGUCGACCCGCUCCGCCGCUGCCGACCCGCUCCUCCGGCGCCACCUCCUCUCCGUCGCGGCCGACCCGCUCCUCCAGCGCCACCUCCUCUCCGCCGCGGACGCCGGAUGUGGCCAGCACACGCCCGCCACGCUCCAGGCGAGCGAUAUGUCUGGAGGUGGAGGGGGAGGAAAUGAGGCGGUGGUCGAGGAGGAGGUGGUUCACAUGGAGGACGCGGUGAAGCUGCUGGUGGAGCACCUGGUGAGGCCGGUCCUGCCACGCCGCGCCGGCAAGGACGCGCACCUCUUGGCGCUGGAGAAGCAGCGCGCCGUUGCCCAGCAGGUUCACACGGCCAUCAUUCUGUACAAUUACUACCACAGGAAGAGGUGUCCGGUGCUUGCUUUUGCUGAUGCCAAGCGGUUUUUUAUGUGCGCUUCUCUUUCUGUUGGAGAAGAUCUGCUACCAUACUCUAGUAUAAUCCAUGAGCGUGAGAACAAUUCUGGAAAGCAUGGAAGCUUAUCUGUUACUGAUAGAGAAGCAAUACAGGCUUGUGAGAUCGCUGUAGAACUCGGUGCCAGUGAAGGUUAUCCAGACGUGCGAAUGUGGCCAGUAGCGAAAGUUGCUGUGCUUCUUCUGGACCCGACAAAGAAAAAAUGCUUGAUCGAGUAUGGUACUCACACCAAGGGUGUCUGGUCAAUCGUAGAAAAGGAAUAUGAUGCGGCAGCUGGUAUUUCACACAGUACCAACCAGCCAGCAGGCCAGGAAUCGACAAAUAAAACAACCUUUGGUGCUUUGGAUGGUCCACUUAUGCUUCAACAACUAGCAAUAUCAGAAGUGCAGCGGAGAACAGGCAUGGAGGGCUCAGACUUGCUUGUUCUGGACGAAGAUUUGGCAUACUCAUUGAGUAAAGAAAGGACGACCACCAAAUUGUUCAUUGUGGAAUAUAAGAAAAUGACGAAGGGUAAACUGGUGGAAAUGCCUCUAGAAGAGUUGAUUCACAGUAUGACUGGUCCAGUAUUUGUAAAUGAGCCGUUCCCGAAAACAACAUCUGUAGUUGAGUACUUUCACAUUCUUCCAUAUAAGGAGAUUUUACAAGGACUUUUCCACAGGAAAUGGCCUGCUGUCCCCCGACAUGGAUUGCACUCUGUGAUCGAUGAAAAAUUGGAAGAGCAAGACGAGAAUAGCACGCCGAAGAUGCCAAAACAAAUUGCAAAAGUGUCAACUCCAAAGCAAAACAAACGAGCAAUUAAAGCAACCGGUGCCAAUAGCAACCAGACCUCCAGCAUCAGCAAGCAGAAGAAAAGUUGCAAAAGAAACGUUGAAGCCUCCAGGGCUACAACAGCAAAAGGUCUAGAUGGUGAGAGCCCCAUAAUAGAAAAUGAAUCACUUAUUGUUCCUGAUGUUCAAACUUCAAGACUCGUGACUAAGUCAAUAAAUACAAAAGGAACAACAACAUUAAGUGGAGAACGCAUACUCCGACAAUCCGGUGAUCAAGUGGACAGGAAUGGAAAACAGAAUGGUAAUAUGCCCCGAGAUAUCUUUCCUCCGAUGGUACCAUAUGCUGAUCCUAUAAUCGAGAAAAGUGCUUUGGAACCCCAAAAUAUGGAAAUGAAUUCAGGUGGAGUCACUGAGAACAAUAGUGAUCAGAUGUAUGAUUUACUAAGAUCAAUUCAGAAAAUACGGGAUGAAACUCUUCACAAGGAACGCAUACUUCAAGAACGAAGUAUUCAAUGUGAUAUGGAUUUUCAGACAAUCUUGAAUGAAGGGGAGAUGACACCCAAAGUGCUAUCAAUAGGAGAGAAAUAUAAGGGAACUUGCUCAAAUAUGAUGCAAGUUGCCAACUCAUCUUGUUCUGGAGAUGGCGGUCAAACCAUGAGCUUAAAGAGGAAGAGAGUCAAGGAGGCACUCCUCGUGAGCAAUAACAAAUGCCAGGAGCUUGACAAGAUCUGCAAUGAGGGCAAGUGGAUACUCCCAAGAUACACAAUAGUACCUUCAGUAGCAGAUGGAAUGUUCCAUGCCAGUGUACAUCUUACAUGCCCUGAUUUUGACAUGAGCAUCGCUGGCGAUCCUAGUCCGACCCCACGCGAGGCGAGGUGCUCUGCAGCUGCCAAUAUGAUGCUGGAGCUUGAGAAGAAGGCCAAGGAAGAAGAACAGCAGGAUACCUGAUGCAAAGCUGCCUAGUUGGGAGAGCAGGAACCCGUAGUAGUGAUUACAACUUUGAACCAAAUUACAUGAGAAACAUAAUCGUGUUGGUACCUUGUCUAGCUACUUUACCUUCCAGAGGUUGAACCCUCGUGGUGUUGUUGUUUGUGCGAUUUUUUUUACUAAGGUUGUGGUAAACUGCAGAAUGUUGUUUUAAAAGUUCAUGACGCUGCAUCUGUGGUGUCAAUUUUAUGA